AUGCAUAUGGUUAGGCAAUUGGUGGCAGCGAGUGUGAGACUGAAUAGAGUUGUGGGCUUCUGGGUGAAGUGAAGGGAGCGAGAGAGAGAUAUGGGGUUGGCCAUGACAACAAACACACUACCUCCUGCUUUGCUUUCAGCCUCCUCAAUCAGCAGUAGCUUCAGAAGGCCACUCUACUGCCACUACUCCUCAAUCUCUGCUUCUCCUCGGAUUCUCUCUUCUAGAAUAUGCAAAUCUUUGCCAUCACUUACAAAGAACACAGCAUGCAGAGUAUCCAGCGGCCAAGUGAAAGUGGAAGAUAGCGUAGAUGAUGAGGCCUGUGAAUUAGUCAAUGGAGUGGAGCUUUCCAUAGGGGAGGGUGAUGAUAGCAUCAAUGCUUAUCUCCUCAAGGCUGUUAAGAACAAUAAUGGUACAGGGAUACUGCUCUUGUCUGAUGUCUUUGGCUUCGAAGAUUCAUCCACAAGGGACUUUGCAUAUCGCGUUGCCUGCAAUGGUUACAAUGUUCUGGUACCAGAUUUAUUUCGCGGGAAUCCAUGGGUGAAGGACCAGCCGAAGAUCAUGUUUCAACAAUGGCUAGCUACACAAGACCCCCAAAGGGUUGCUCGAGACAUUGACAUGUCAGUAAAAUGGCUGGUUGAUGAAUUCAUAGCUGCAGGAGUCACAGAGAAGCUCGGUGUCAUCGGGUUUUGCUUUGGAGGCGGCCGCGUGAUAGACGUUCUAGCCCAAGACCAGGGUGCUCAUUUCGGUACCGGUGUCUCCUUCUAUGGGACAAGAAUCAACCCAUCUGCAGCAGCCAAUGUAAAGGUACCUGUAUUGUUCAUUUCAGGGGACGAUGACCCACUUUGUCCAGUCAAUUUGCUGAAAGAUAUUGAGAAGAGCAUCGGCAGGGGGUCAAGAUUGGUAAUAUUUGAGGGAAGAGGCCAUGGGUUUGCUCACCGGCCAGAAUCUCCCGAAGAUGAUGAAGACGCAGAGCAGGCGUUUACGGUCCUGAGAAGUUGGUUGCAGGAAGGUUUGGCUGUAAAUAACUGAAUGCCAGUUAGUUUUGGUUAGUUCCCUUUGUGUGUAUUCAUCUUGAAGAAGAAACCAAUGAUAACCCUGCUGCUUGUUAUUAUGAUAGUAGGCCAUUUUCAGUUCUUUUAUUGGGAAUUUUGAUAGUGAUGAAAGUGAUUUGUCAGUAUCAUAUUUUCAUUAUAUUCCAUGUUGCGUUCAUUCAAGGAACCAUUGAUGAAGAACCCUUUGAUGUA